AUGUCAAUUUCUAAUAAAGCGGUUAAACGUAAAUAUGAAGAAGAAAAACGGGAAUUUAAAUUAGAAUGGGAAGAACUAUACUUUUUCAUACAGAAAAACGAUAAACCAUUUUGUCUCAUAUGUCAAGUUACAUUAUCACAGUUUAAGGUUAGUAAUUUAAAACGGCAUUACGAAACCAAUCACAGCACAUUUAGUCGAGAAUUUCCUAUUGGUUCUGAUUCGAGAAAAAAUAAGCUAUGUUCGAUGAAAUUGAAAUUUGCUAAACAAACUAAUGUUAUGACAAUGUUUACGAACGAGGCAGACGACUGUGUAGAAGCAAGUUUUGUAAUUGCCUUUAAUAUUUCUCAAGCAAAACGUCCUCUAGCUUUAGAUGAAUCUACCGAUAUCCAAGAUAAACCUCAGUUAGCCAUAUUUGUUCGUUAUGUUACGAGUGAUGUAGAUGUGAAAGAAGAGUUGUUAGAUCUAAUUUCAUUGAAGGAAACUACUCGGGGUAUUGACAGUAAGAUUGUUCUCGAUGAAACUCUACAAAAAGCUGAAAUUCCACUAAACAAAAUUAUAAGCAUUUCAACUGAUGGAGCUCCUAGUAUGGUGGGUUGUAAAAAUGGAUUAAUAGGACUUUUAAAAAAUGAUACUAAUUUCCCAGAUUUUAUACCUAUUCAUUGUAUUCUACAUAGAGAACACCUAACUGCUAAAUAUUUUAAAUAUGAUCAUGUGAUGGAUGUUGUUUUAAAAAUUAUAAAUUACAUACGUUCAAGUGCAAAAACACAUCGGCAGUUUAAAAACUUCCUAGAAGACAUAGAUGAUGAUAUUCCUAAUGAUGUCCCAUGGUAUUAUUUGGCAUUUUUCACCGACAUCAUGCAACAUUUAUCAACAUUAAAUGUAUCUCUUCAAGGUCGAAAUAAAUUAGUUAAUGACCUAGGGCAAAAAGUAUUUAGUUUUCAAAAUAAACUAAAACUUUUCAUACGAGAUUUACAAUCAAACAAUUUUACUCACUUUUCAUGUUUAGAAAAAAUAGAAGCGUGCUUGAUAGAAUCAGAAAUAAAAAUUAAUUGUGACGACUAUGUACUUAAACUUGAAUUUCUAUUUACCGACUUCGAAGAACGAUUUCGAGACCUAAAGGCAUUAAAACCCUCAUUCGGAUUUUUAGAAAAUCCAUUUUUAGUUAAUGUCAUUGAAAAGGGGUGUCCAUUAUCACAUCCUAUCAUCACAAAUAAAGCGGAUCUCGAAAUAGAACUCUUGGAGUUAUUAGAAGAUGAAGCGCCAAGUCGUAUUGAUUUGUUUAAAACUGAGGCUCCAGGUAUACCAUUGCCUCCAACGCCUAUAUUAACAAGAUGGGGUACAUGGAUUUCUGCUUCAAUGUAUUAUUGCGAACAUAUAGAAGCUAUUCGAAAUGUAAUACAGAAAUUGAACCCUGAAGACGCCGUUUCAAUAGACAAAGUUCAAAAAUUAAUUUCUCAAGAUCAAGUUGAAGCAAAUUUAACUUUUAUUUAUUCAAACUAUGGAUUUUUACCAACUACCAUAACAUCUUUAGAAAGCCAGAAUGUUUUACUAGCAGACUCAAUUAAAUUAAUAGAAACUGCGCGAAGCAAAAUAUGUGAAGUUAGUGGUACAAAUGGCACUGAUAUUAAUAAAAAAUUAUUAUCCGGUGAUGUAUCCACAUUAGAAGGUAUUCCAGAAAAUUUGACAAGCAACGAUUUGUUACAUUAUAAAUACGCACCUAUUACAUCCGUUGAUGUAGAACGUUCCUUUUCACGCUACAAAAUUUGUUAA